UACGCCAUCAAAUUCCGACAUAAACUUUCCUCUAUAGUCCUUUCCCUGCUUUCCUUUGUUGUAUAUUUUCAUCUUCCAACCGGAUAUCCUUCACGAUGUCAACACAAUCCCGCGAUAUCUCUUCUCGCUCUAAGAGCUCUUGCGAUUCGUGUCGAGUUCGAAAAGUCAAAUGCGAUAGCGCUGAACGGGGAGGAAGGCCAUGCUCUAAAUGCGAGGCUUCAGAGAUCGAAUGCAAGUUCACAUAUACACGCAAGAAACGAAGACCCAAUCUGGCACCACGAUCGCGAAAAUAUGGUGUAGACGCAGUCCAAGUCCUCGUCGAAAACAUUGUCUCUUCCUUGGACGACUAUUCCAUCCCUCAAGAUCCUGAAAGUGUUCGUGAAAUGCUCAUAUCUAUGGCGAAAUACGCCCGUUCUCUCGAGCUGCGAAUAAAUCAUUCUACUCAAGCAACAUCCUCUACGACUUCGAACUCGACCCUGGUUGUCAGUGCAGAUUCUGUUUCUCCCGAGAGCAGUACCAAAAUUUCCUCCGAAUCUGGAUUGGUAUCUGGAAGUUCAGAUAAGGAAGAUAGCGAAGGCGAGCAAUUGAUGGAGAAAUGUUUCUCUAUGGUUCAAUGGAAAUCAAUGGGAAAGUAAAAUCACAUAUGCCGCUCGAGUAUGAUUUGAAACCAGAGCUUUGGGCUACAGAUAUC